GCAAGUUUAAAUGCAUACAUACAUGAAACAUGUGUACAGAUGCAUGCGCUCAAUAUUACCACUCUCUCAUCUAAGAGCAUGUUUACCAAUAAAUUAUCACAUCUUCAUACCUCAAAUGUCAUGUGGACUUAUUUAGUUACACAUAUUUACUUAUGAAAUAAAACAGAUCAGUGCUCUCACCACAAAUCUCUUAAAAAAACUACACAAUUCUCUCACGGAAAACUUUCUCUUUAAAUUUUAAUAAAAUGCGUUCCAAAUCCUGGUCAAGUUUUAUCUACGUCACGUUAUCCUUUCUAAUUCUGCAGAUGACAGGAUACUCCACAUCUGGAGAAAGUGCCAGUAAAAAUAUUAACACAAAUCAAUUAAACUGCACAAAAAUUCCUGGAAUUUGUCCAGAAAUCUGUGGAGAGAAAGCGACCGUGAUGUCGGCCACUUUUUGCGAACCACAAACCGGAAGUUGUGUUUGUGACUGUAGAGAUGUACUGGAAAAAUCCUGCACUUUCACCCCGUUCACGCCCUGCUUCCAAGACUGUGUGAGGAAGAAUCCAAAUCCCUCCGUAUUUUUAUACGAGGGUGCAAAUUGUCCCACGACCAAGGGCGGAGGUGGACAACUCUGCGCCUGCCAAUGCUCCCUGCGCGAGGAUUACAUCGAAACCAACGACAUUUAACGUUCGACUUGUCGUCAAAAUUCGCACAUUUUUAAUAAUCUCUCCGUUCUGGGAAUUUAUUUUAAAAUUCUGGACGACAAAUUGGUAGAGCAGGUCGUUGCCAAUUUUUUAAAAUACACACUCCAGAUUUUGACACGUUUUGAAGGAGGAGAUCUUAACUUUAAGAAGCUCUCAGAAAAAUUGGAACUUUUCGAAACUCAGCGUAAUUCCAUUAAACAAUUCACUGACUGUAAAUUUGUCGUCCAAAAUUUUAAAGUAAAUUCCCAGAGGCGAGAAGUUCUUAAAAAUUUGCCGACUUUUGUGAUGGGUCAUCGAAUACUACCUUAAGACAUAAAUUUGUAAAAUAUACAAUAGUUUUACAUCCAAAUCACCAUUAUAAUUCGUUCCAAAGAAGUGACGCAUAUUAUACAUAAUGAAUGACAACGAAUAAAUAAAGUAGAAAUCCUUGGA